AUGGAGGAAAGGAGAGUAAUCUUCUUACAUUGUAGUACUAGCAACUUGUCAGGGACGAUUCUUUCACAUUGUUUGGAUGCAAUUGAGGAAGAUGGAGGAUUAUGGCCAUCACGUAUCCGUGUAGACAGAGGAGUCGAGAAUGUACUUGUGUGCGAUGCCAUGGUCGAGGCAAGAGAAGAGGGGCGAGGAAGCUUUAUUGCAGGACCAUCAACCCACAAUCAAUGUAUCGAACAGUUAUGGCGCGAUGUAUUUUGUUGUGUUCUACAUUACUUCUAUUAUGUGUUUUACACAAUGGAAGAUGCUGGGAAUUUAUUUCUAGAUAACCCGACACAUGUAUUUACACUGCACUAUGUAUUUUUACCCAGAAUCAAUCAAGCACUCCAUGAAUACCAAAGGGCUUUUAAUGAGCAUGGUAUUAGAACAGCUAAUAACUGGUCACCCAAUCAAAUAUGUGGCUUAAUGGCAUGA